AACUAGAAAUGGAUUAUGGAUGUAUUGUUUUAUUGUAAAUAUCCAAUAAAAAUUAAUACUAUAUUUUUAUUAGAUUCUACAACACGAUCUCCUCAACGAGACCGAAAAGACAGAAACCAUAAAGGAAAAGGUAGAAAGAAAGAUAAAAAAAAAAAAGGAAAUGAAAUGGUUCCUCCUUCACAACCAAAUGUAACUAGGUUAACAGAAAAUUCAGUGAUGGUACGAUGGUUUGUUCCACCAAAUGAUGGACUGCAAAUUCGAUUUUUUAAAUUGCAGUACAAAGAAGUUGGAGGAAGUUGGAAUACAAGCAGUGAUGAUAUACAAAUGCAUAUUCGAUGUUAUCAAGUGGACAAGUUAUUACCUGAUCGCGAUUAUGUAUUUAAAAUAGCUGCAGUGUAUUCAAAUGAUGAUAAUAAAUCUGGUCCAACUUCAAAACGUUUCUUUUUGAGUAAAGGACCACCUAAUAGAUCUUUAAUACCUCCAACUUUAGUAUCAGCCAAAGCCGUUGAUAGUACUUCUAUAUUAUUAGAAUGGGAGUACCUAAAUUCCGUAUUAGCUCCAGUUCAAGGGUUCUAUGUCUAUUAUCGAGCUACUAGUACUGCAGGUGAUUACACCAAAGCCAUUGUAGAUGGUCAAGAUACCCGUGUCUUUGUUGUUACACAUUUAACCCCAGAUACUUCAUAUGAUUUAAAAUUACAAAGUUUUACUGUACAUGAAGCUUCCAAUUUUAGCACCAUACUCACACACAAAACAUUUGGAGAACCUAAGACAAGUACAGAUACUCCAAAGUGGACAGACAAUGUACCAGAUAAUGUUGCAAAUAAUAAUAAUGUAUAUUCAACAAUCGGUGGUGUGAAGUCACUCUAUGUUUUGCUUGGUGCAGUAGCUGCUGUAAUUGGAGCUAUUAUACUACUWAUAUUUUUUACCGUAUGCAUAUAUAGCAAACGGUUGUCAUUAAACUCCAACUCUCCAGAGCUGAACAAGAGUUCUGAAGCAGUAUCAGGACUAGAGCCAUUAUCAAUGAAUGGAUUUGCCCUAAAAAAUGGUAAAAUGAUUAAUGGAUGUACUUUGCCAAUGGCCUCUGAGAAUACACAUGGGCAUACUCAUCCACCCAAUGGAUAUGUYAUUCAUCCAAUUAACAUUACUAGUAAUCCACUUGCUCCAGAUGCUAAAAAUGCUAUAGAAAUCUCUUAUUUGGCAAAUCAUAAUAACAAUUGUUCUGAAAGCGAAAUUAAUUCACUGCCCAGACGAGCUAUGCCCUUGCCUAUAGAAACGCCAAGAACAUGGCAUUCUAAAGAAGCAAAAGAUGAAAACUAUGUUUGAAACUGAAGGUAGUUUUAUAAACACACAGAUAAGAUGGAAAUCUACAAGACUGAAUGCAAAGUCCUGCCAAUAAAUUGCUCAUUGAUAAGAUACUUUUAUAAUUAUAAUUUAUAACAACUCAGUUUUAUCUAUGUGAAGAACUAUUUUGUGUAUACUUUAAUUACACAGUCAGAUUUUUCAUAAUUAAAUAAUUGCAUAUUUUGUGUAAAAUUAUCAGUAUUGAUUUUUUAAUAAUUUCUCUUAUUUGUUUGUUAACUAUUUUUUUUAAAUUGUUUUUAGUUAUGCAGGGUACUUAUGUGAUUUAGAUUAAGAAUUUAUAUUUAUACGAUCAUAUAAUUUAGUUUUUAGUGUACCCAAAAAUAAUUGUAAUCUGUGUGUUUAAUUAAUUUAAACUAAAAUUUUAAUUUAUUAUCUACAUUAACAGUAUUACUAAACAGUGGCGUGUUGGAUUUGUUAUUGACGAUGAUUGAUGUUAUACGCAUAUCCUAAAACUGAAGUUUAAUUAUAUUUCAUUUUUGGCAUUAACUACAAAAGUUUAAUAUUUCGAGUUACAUUGUAAGAAUUCUAAAUCAAUGACACCUAUCAUAGUUUWUGUGUUUUCUUAAAUACUUAUACUUAACCAUUAUUUUAAUUUAAAUUGCCAUGUUUAUUUUACACAAUCAUAUUUAGAUUACUGCCCAAAUGAUUGCCUAUUAAAGAGUUGACCUAUAACGUCACUGUUAUUUAAUGUUCUCGUACUAUUAGAUUUGUUUGCUCAUAUUGUAAUUCAGUAUUAACAGUAGUAACUAGUAGUUAUUUUCUACUUCCUAUAUUUGUGUUUCUUGUAUUAUGUUAUCUAAAUUUUAAAGUAUAGUUAUAAAUCAUUUAACAAUAUGUUAAGUCAAAGUGCAAUUUUAGUUUAU